ACACCGGAACUAGUGAAGCUGACUAGGGCGAGCUUUAUGCUAGCUUGCCCUCCUCCUGUGGCCGCCCCCACACUCGCCGUGGAGCUCAAGCGGUGGGGAGCCACCGCAGCUAGAUUGUUUCACCGGUGCUGCAACUGCGACACAACUGCCAGAGCCGACUAAAUUGGAAUAACGACAUUAGCAAUUAUCUUUUAGGCGAAACCUAACUGUGCCAACAACGCUCGGGAAUGGAAAAUCCGGUGGCACCCACCGGACAGUCGCAUCAGCAUCGGCCGGUGACCGCGUCCGCUUUCCGAGAGGCGCAGAAAUGGAUUGAGGCGGUGACAGGAAGAUCCUUCGGUGACAGGAAUUUUAGAGGAGGACUGGAAAAUGGAAUACUACUAUGCGAGUUACUGAGCGCGAUUAAACCCGGCUUGGUUAAGAAAAUCAACAGACUUCCGACUCCCAUUGCUGGCCUGGACAACCUGAGUGUGUUUCUGCGUGGAUGUGAGGAACUAGGACUGAAGGGCUCCCAACUGUUUGACCCCGGAGACCUUCAGGACACGUCGACACGCCCUGCUACCAAGCGAAGCGAUUGCACCCGAAAGCUCAAAAAUGUUCUAAUUACCAUCUACUGGCUGGGUCGGGCUGCCAAUAGCUGUAUUUCCUACAACGGGCCCACAUUGGACCUGAGGGAGUUUGAGGGCCUCCUGUCACAGAUGCGAAAGGAGCCAGAAGAGGCAGAGAGCCCCCAACGCAGCAUCCGGGACAGCGGCUACGUCGAUUGCUGGGACUCAGAGCGCAGCGAUUCGCUUUCCCCGCCCCGGCAUUGCCGCGAGGAUUCUUUCGACAGCCUGGACUCGUUUGGUUCGCGUUCUCAACAGACACCGUCGCCGGAUGUCCUGGUGCUCCGCAGCAGCAGUGAUGGUCGCGGCAGUGACUCUGAGUCAGAUGGCUCGUUGCACCGCAAGGCCCCGGACAUCCAUAAAGACGACAUGUUGGCCCGCCGCACCUCAAUGAGCGAGCCGCGCAACACCAUGCCCUUCAACCAGUACCUGCCCAACAAGUGCAACAUGAGCAGCUAUGUGCCGGCGCCGCUACGCAAGAAGAAGGAAAGUGACACGGAAAAUGGCGAACGCAAGAGCUGGAGUACACUCACCUCGCCGGUAGGGGGAGAAAAACCUUUCAGCGUGUCACAUGACCCACAGAGUGUGAGCCUGAUAGACAUGCGCAGCCAGGAGGACGCAGCUGCCAUCUUGCAACCACAUAGUCACGUGCGUCACGAGAUGAUGCAUAAUCAGUACAACCGGUUGAAGGAAGAGGACAACCAUUGGCAAGAUGACUUGGCCAGGUGGAAAAGUCGCCGGCGAAGCAUCUCGCAAGACCUCAUCAAGAAGGAGGAAGAGAGGAAGCUGAUGGAGCAGCUGAUGACUGGAGGCCCAUGCAUCUCACAGAGGAGGAGAAGCAUCAAGACGUACAGGGAGAUCGUGGAGGACAAGGAACGUCGCGAGGAGGAGCUGCGGACAGCUUACCGGAGAGCCAAAACUCCCGAGGAGGCGUCAACUAUCCUCCAAAGUUACGCCCAGCGUUUCUCCAUAAGCGAGACAGUUAUGGAGCGCCUACAGCUGCCCAAGGUUCUGGACCGCAGCAUCUCCGCCGACCCAUUUUUGACGGGAUUCCCCGCUCCCCUCACCCCUUCUCCCACCACAUCCCAACCGUGGGACGCCGAUGGGCCCAUGAAGUAUCUGAGGCAACAAUCGGCCCCGGCCCCCAGGUUUACGUCCACGCUGGAAGCGCAAAUCGCCGACUGGCCCGGUGACUCGUCGCCGCACCGGCCGCAGAUCCGCUCGCGCUCGUCCGAGCCACCGUCCAACCGGGCGUUGUCGCCCAAACCGCUGCCUUUGUUGACGCCCAAGCCUUAUUUUCAGUCCUGGCCCACAACACCGGAACCUUGGCCGAGCAAAGCCGAAGAUUCACCACGUGUCAACGGCAAUGCAGGAGGCAAUGACGACUCUCCCACCACGUCUGAGAGUCAAGAAAGGGAACACUCGCCUGUUUUCUUACCAUCCUCCUCGCCCAAAACCACAGACCACAACACCUCCACAGAAGGAGGAAGUCCGCUGUCCGCCAACACCGAGGAAGUGUCGAGUGAUGUCCACGACAAGGAAGUCGUUCUGUGUUCAACGCCACCUAGCAGGCCCACUUCACUACCAGAGGAACUACACACGCCUGAGGAAAUCUUCAGGAGGAAGAGUGGAAGGCAGUCACCAGUGGCUCCAGUGGAGAAAAAGUGCGAAUCAGCAGCCUCAGAUCAGACAGCUGCAGAAACCAAACAAGAAACUGUACCAUCAUGUCCAUCAUCUGAAACUUCAGUGAUGAGCAUACAGAGUCGUCUAGAGGAGAACCAGAAAAAAGAGGAUGUUCCUUGUUUGGGAAAUCAACCGCCAACAACAACAGAAGCUUUGAAAAACAGCAACCGCUCUCCGCAGACAAGCAGCAACCCAAAUUUACGCUCAGAGUUCUUUGCAGAUAAGGGGGAGAAGAAUCACCAUAGCAACGUUUCCGUGCCGGUAUCGCCUCAGGCCAGACGGGCCGACCGCUGGUCCUGGGACCCGGACGAGGAGCGAAAGCGUCAGGAAAGGUGGCAGCAAGAGCAGGAGCGCCUGCUGCAGGAGAAGUACCAGCGGGAGCAGGAGAAGCUGAAGGAGGAGUGGGAGAAGGCCCAGAAGGAGGUGGCCCAAGAGGAGAGACGCUACCAUGAGGAGGAACGUCUAAUCCUACAAGAAACAGUCGCACCACUUACUCCGCUAUCAUCUGCCUCGCCUGCUUCCCCAGGCCAGGACACCAUUGUGCGUUCACUCGCUGACUGGGAGCGCAAGCAGCAGCGGCUAGAGAAACCUUCGAAAGAAGGUACAGAGAGUGUGGCGUGUCAACUGCGAGAAAACAACAGGACAAGUGACAUCAGAACCGUCGAUGACAGUGUCAGAACAGCUAAAAGCGCAGGAAUUCAGAGCAGCUGUCUGCAAAAUGGCCAGAAGCUUCACCAAAAGACCUCCACGUCUGUCAGGAAGCGUCAAGAGGGCGAUGCCGGGAAGUCCAUCCGACCUGCUGGAGACCGCAGGAGCCACGGCCCAGCCAAGAACCCUCUACGUUCUGGCGACACACCACCCAACAGGUCAGUGAGCGGCAAGAAGCUGUGCUCCAGCUGCGGGCAGCCAUUGGGCAAAGGGGCCGCCAUGAUCAUAGAGACACUUAGCCUCUAUUUCCACAUCGACUGUUUUAAGUGCGGUGUGUGCAAAGGCCAUUUAGGAGACACGUCCACCGGCACCGACGUGCGGAUCCGGAGCGGCCUCCUCAAUUGCAACCAGUGCUACAUUCGCUCCCGCUCGGCAGGACAACCCACGACCUUGUGACGCCUCCAGUCGAGUUGAACCCCGUCAUCUGCCAAGCCCCGCCCUUUCCCGUUCUUCACGUGGGCCAAGCAAAGAUUUUUCAUCCAUUGACAGUGUGUUCUCUGACUGCUGAGUGUCGACGUGAAAAACUAUCACUCAUAUGAAGCACAAUCAAUUUGAGCUGCUAUUCAGUUCCACAUAUGUAAAGCAAACACAGUUUAUUCCAAUAUACUGUAAUUUUUGGACUAUAAUGCACACCUGACUAUAAGUUGCUCCCACCAAAUUUGACAAGAAAACAGUAUUUACUCAUAUUUUAGCCGCAGGGAUAUUCACACUUGAAGACUACUAUUGACACGAUACUACAAUUUAACUGUAUCAAUACUCAAAUUAAAUGCAAUUUUCAAGACUACAUUAUUAAACUCAAAAUUAAAUGUUAUUUUUGAUAAUGGAUAUCCAAUCAUGUGGCUCUUAAAAACUAAAUUAAAACUCUUUAAAGAAGUGUAUCACGAGUAGAUAUCCAAUCCAUUUGAAGUGGAAUCCAUCUAGAACCGUCAAUGUUCACCCAGUAAUUUAAAAAUAAAAUUGAUUCUUCCUCUGGCCAAGAUGCACCUUCUCACCAAUUAUUUGAUCACUAGUAGACAUCAAAUCCAUUUGAACUGAGCUUCAAAUGGAUUAGACAUCUAGUGCCAUCAAUGGCAGCCAAUGAGUUAACAAGGAAAAUUCAAAAUAUCCUCCAUUACUAUCGAGAGUUGCGUGAAAUCAAAUUCACCCCAUGACACCAAAUAUCUCGCUAGCAGUAUAGUCGCACAAAAAUACAUGAGUAUCGAUACUUUCACAAUGCAGUAUCGUUUCCGCAUACAGCAUUUCAGUUUUAAUACUUUUUAUUAGGGCUGCAGCUAUCGAUUAUUUUAGUAGUCGAUUAAUAGAUUAAUUCGAGUAAUCGGAUAAGGAACGUAAAAAAUGAAAACACCUGAGCUGAGCCUCAAACGGUAUAAAAAAUAAAUGAGGAUCUAUGUAGAACAAAAUAACAAUUGGCUAACUUACAUAGCAAAAGUCCGCUAGCUUAAAUGCUGUAAAAUGCUAACGUUAUUUUUUUAUUUAUUCAUUUUUUUACAAUACUCUUAACAAAUGGUUCACAUAUUCCCACAAAAAAAAAACGGCUAGAUAUACCCAUAAACCAAGUUACGAAUGCAUUUUAAAAAAAAAACAUUUGUAUAACAAAAACAUAGCUUAUGUUGGUCUUAACAGGGAGCAGCUGGAUUCAGCCAUGUAAAAGGGGAUACUACCAGAAGGCAGUGUAUCCACCCAAAUAAAAAAAAUAAAAUGCAAACACUUUCAAAACAAACCACUACAACACCACUUUAAUUAAACGAAUACACGAAGCAGCAAAAUUUAAUUUGAGUCUUAUUUUCGAAUCGAAUAUACGAGUAAUCGGACAAAGGAACAUAAAAAAUUAAAACACCUGAGCUGAGCCUCAAACGGUAUAAAAAAUAAAUGAGGAUCUAUGUAGAACAAACUAACAAUUGGCUAAUGUACAUAGCAAAAGUCCGCUAGCUUAAAUGCUAUAAACUGCUAACGUUAUUUUUUUAUUUAUUCAUUUUUUACAAUACUCUUAACAAAUGGUUCACAUAUUCCCUCAAAAAAAAAAAAAAAAAAAACAGCUAAAUAUACCUAUAAACCAAGUUACGAAUGCAUGUUAAAGAAACAUUAAUAUAACAAAAACAUAGUUUAUGUUGGUCUUAACAGGGGGCAGCUGGAUUCAGCCAUGUAAAAGGGGGCACUACUAGAGGGCAGUGUAUCCACCAAAAUGAAAAAAAAAAAAAAAAAAUGUAAACACUUUCAAAACAAAC